AUGGCUGAAGAGCAUAAAUCAGAGCAAUGUCGGUCUGAGGCUUCGAGCAUAUCCGCAGAAGGUGAAAGCUUGAAGAACAAAACCCUGGAUAGCAAGGCUUUAGAAGAUCAAUCUUCUUCUAGGGCUUUAAUUGAUCUCAAACUUUCAAAUAUGGAAGAUAAGAAAAUUGAGCUCAAUCUCUUUAACCCCUCAGAUCUGGAGGGUGCAACUUCAUCUCAAGCAAGUGAGUCAUCCAAGGAGGUGACUAGAGAAAAAUCUAGGGUUUUCUCUUGCAACUACUGUAAGAGAGAGUUCUCAACUUCUCAAGCACUUGGUGGUCACCAGAAUGCCCAUAAACAAGAGAGGCAAAUCGCGAAAAGGCGCCAAAUGGAGGUUCCGCCUUACGGCCAUCUACUGCCACCCCCAUCACCUAGUUUUGGUAAUUAUGCUUAUUACCCUUCUUUUGCAAAUUUCACUAAUACCUCACUUGGCACCAAUAGAUCAUCACUUGGGAUUAGAAGUGAAUCGUAUAUCGAUAGACCCUCUUCGUGGUCACCUUCACCGAUGAAUUAUCGGUUUGUCCCUAGCGGGCAUCAUGACCAAUUCCCCAGUAGAUUAAACUAUUUUAAUAGACAAAAGAUGUUGGAGGGUUUUCAAGGAAACAUAACAAACACCAGUGGUGGUUUUAGUUCUCCUUUAGUAGCAUCUUCUCCUUUCAAGUUUGAAGGGGGCACAAGUGCUACUCAUGAUUUUCUUGGUUCUCCUUUCAAGUUUGAAGGGGGCACAAGUGCUACUCAUGAUUUUCUUGGAGGUUCUUCUGGAAGUGGUAACCCAAAUGCUGCACUCAACCAUGGGAUUGAACAAGAAAAUAGUGCGAAUAAUCUUUUCGCACAAGUAGAUGCGGCUCGUCCGGAGAAUGAUCAAGAUGGAUCCACAAGCUGUCUUGAUUUGAAUCUCAAGCUUUAA